AUGGACACCUCCAUAACGGGAAUCAAGAAUGAGCUGUGCUCUGCCUCCGUAGUACGGCCAUUGUUUCUGGGGCUGGGAACAGUCCUCGUAAGGGACACAGCCUCGACAGUGCUGCCUUCCCAGGAGGUGCAUGGUCUGUUCUGCAAUCGAACAUGGGAUGGCUGGUUGUGCUGGGACGACACGCCUGCUGGAAGAAUCACUGCUCAGAAUUGUCCAGAUUAUUUUCCAGACUUUGAUCCAACUGAGAGGGCUUCAAAAUAUUGUGAUGAAACUGGAAACUGGUUCCGCCAUCCUGAGAGCAACCGAACUUGGUCCAACUAUACCCUGUGCAACUCUUUCACCUCUGAAAAAUUGAAGAUGGCGUUCAUACUUUAUUAUAUGGCAAUCGUUGGCCAUGCUUUGUCUAUAACAUCGCUGUUGAUUUCCUUGGCAAUUUUCUUCUAUUUCAAGAGCCUCAGCUGUCAAAGGAUAACACUGCAUAAGAAUUUGUUUUUUUCUUAUGUGCUGAACUCCAUGUUUACAAUUGCCCACCUCAUUGCUGUUGUGCCUAACCCAGGCCUUGUAAAAAGGGAUCCUGUAAGCUGCAAAGUGCUGCAAUUCUUUCAUCAGUACAUGUUGGGCUGCAACUACUUCUGGAUGCUCUGUGAAGGCAUUUAUCUUCACACGUUGAUUGUGGUGGCAGUGUUUGCUGAAGAGCAGCGUUUGCACUGGUAUUACCUCUUGGGCUGGGGGUUCCCUUUAGUGCCAGCAUCUAUUCAUGCUGUUGCAAGAGCCAGAUACUUCAAUGACAACUGCUGGAUGAGUGUUGACACACACUUGCUGUAUAUUGUUCAUGGACCUGUAAUGGCAGCUUUAUUGGUCAAUUUUUUCUUUUUGCUUAACAUUGUGCGAGUUUUGGUGACAAAGCUAAGAGAUACCCACCGUGCUGAGUCCAACAUGUAUAUGAAAGCUGUCAGAGCCACUUUAAUCCUGGUGCCCUUAUUAGGAAUUCAGUUUGUUAUUAUUCCCUGGAGACCAGAAAACCGACUUGCUGGAGAAAUAUACGAUUACAUCAUGCAUAUAUUAAUGCAUUACCAGGGCUUUUAUGUUCCAACACAAUUUCUGUUCUGUUGCUCAAAUUGACUGAAACUGGUGCUGUGA